AUGAAACGGAUGUAUGCAGUAGCUGCACUGAAAAAAGUUAAAAAGAAUGUCCGGAAACACUUUAAUGACCAAGAAGCUCCUGAAAUUCACAAAGUUCUAUCAAAAAAGUUGUUCAGAAGUUUGGUUGAGAUAUUCGAUCUAAUUUCCUAUCCUUGUGAAGAAGUACCAGAUGAAGAUGCGAAUUUGAAUGCAAUCAUCAAUGAUUUACUCGAAGCACUUCAUGAUGGUCCACUAACGGUUGAUCCUUUAGAUGUAGAAGCGAACGAAUUAGUACAGUUACUUAGUUCCCCAAUAUGGCGUGGUUUUGCCACUGCAUACACUGAAGUGGCAACUAAACACUUUGAUAUGCCUGAAUUACCUGAGAUAGCAUUCACUAUGUCAGGUUUAGGGGGCACUUAUACUACCAUAGGAAGUUUAAUGGCUAGCAGAAUAUCUAAUAUGCAUGUAUCUGCCAAGAGUUAUGGAGAUAUGACAGUAAAAGAUGAUCGUAAUGGGAUUUUUAAUGAUCCUUAUGCCUCAAGAUCUGUUAUUUAUGGAAUUAGUAGUGAUAAAGGUUACACUGAUGUAAAGAAAAACGAAGCUACACUUACUGGAGGUGGUGAUGGACCAGCUUUACCGCCUGUUGAUGGUGCAGUCAAAAUGGUUGGAAUUCAAAAAAAUUAUGGUGAAGAUCUGGGUAUAACAGUAACUCAACAACAAUACAUGUCUGCACAUUAUGGUUUAGUUAAAGAAUUAGUGAUCAAGCGUAUUUUAGCGGCUUCUCGUGUUGAACAAUUAGAUCUACUACAUGAAGGGGAUGUUAUUCGUGAAGCGAAUGGAGUACCAGUUGAUAAUCCUGAAGUAUUACAAAAAGUAUUAAAAAAUGCAUCAGGCAAUGUUACUUUAAAAAUUAUUCCUGGUUAUCAAUCGACACCAAUUUCAUCUCAACUUUUUCUUCGAGCUCACUUUUCUUAUGAUCCGAAAAAUGAUAAUUUAAUCCCUUGUAAAGAAGCUGGUUUAGCAUUUUCUGCUGGUUCUAUUCUUCAAGUUCUUAAACAAGAGGAUCCUUAUUGGUGGCAGGCAAGACAUCAUAAUCGCGAUGGUCGUGCUGGACUUAUCCCAUCCAUAGUGCUGCAGGAAAGACGUAAAGCAUUUAUUCAAAGUGCUCAUAACCCAGAAGAUUUAACCUAUAAAACGUUUGCAUGUGGACUUGCUAGACGAAGAAAGAAAAAGGUAACCAUUCCAUUUUGUGCAAGAGAUGCCGAUAAUUAUGACACGAAGGAUAUUGUACUUUAUGAAGAAGUUGCUAUGGUCUCAGGUUUCCAAAGACCUGUUAUUUGUUUAAUUGGAGCUCCUGGAGUUGGUCGCCGAAGUUUACGAAACAUGCUAAUUCGUGCUAAUCGAGAAAGAUAUGCAUCAGCAAUUGCACAUACAUCAAAAGAACUGGAACAUGGUGAAGAAGAUGAUGGUGAAUUUAUUGUUGAGCCUAAAACAAAAAUGGAAAUGGACAAUCUGAAAAAUAAAUACUUUGAAUUCGGUGAAUAUGAAGAUAAUUAUUAUGGCACAAAAUAUAGUAGUAUUCGAGAGGUAGUGAAAUCAGGUCGUACUUGCCUACUUGACUGUUCAGUACAUGCUGUCUUCAAGCUACGAAACUCAGAAUUUAUGCCCUAUGUCAUAUUUCUUGCUGCACCAUCAGUUAGUUGUAUGAAAGCAAUGUAUGAAUAUGGUAUGAGUAUGGGAUUCACUGAAAAAUGGAAAAGAGAUGAAUCUUUUCGUAAAACACUUGAGAACAGUACAUUUAUUGAACGUAAUUAUCGAUAUUUAAUGGAUCUAAUUUUAUUAUGUGAUAAUAUUGAGACAACUUUCGAACAACUGAAUCAUCAGUUAAACAAUUUGCUCAUAGAACCACAAUGGGUACCAGCUAAAUGGCUUUAUUAA